UAGUGAACUCCACUCAGUCAUGGCGAGUCCUGGACGAUUCCCCGGAUUCGGUCCAAUAACAAUCCCACCCAUGCCGCCGUUUGGGUCAUCAUCAUCAGGGUCAUCAUCAUCGUCGUCGUCCUCAGCCUCUGCAUCAUCCUCGUCGUCGUCGUCGUCCUCCUCCUCCUCCUCCUCUUCGUCGUCGUCGUCAUCUUCAUCUUCGUCAUCGUCCUCAUCGUCCUCAUCAUCCUCCUCCUCCUCGAGCUCGACGUCCUUGUCGUCGUCAGCAGCGCCGCCUUACGAAACACUGAAGCAAACGUUCGCAGUGCAGCAGCUGUUGAGCGAGAGCAUCACCUGUGGCCUGAUGCUGCUGAUCUCGCUCACCUUCUUCAUCGCCGCCACCAAGCACCGGCUUUGGCACUCCAACCCAGCCAUCGACAGAGUGCACAGGUACAUUCUCGCCCAGAUGGUCGACCCGCUCAUGAAGUUGGCCACCUUCUACCUGCUCUCCAAGCCCUUGGAGAAGAUCUACCUGGUGUGGGGGGCCAUCUUGAUGAUCGCCCACGGCACCCUCUUCUGCAUCGCCGACGCCUGCACCUUGGACGACUCCAACUCCGUCAAGCUUCUCUUCAUCGGCAUGCUCACCUACAAUUUGGUGGACGUUACCAAGCACAUCCCCAAAGACGACCACGGUCACACGUUUUUUGGCUUCGUCGUCAACCUGUGGGUGAUCUGGGGGUUGAUCAUACUGAAGACGGCGGAGAGGUUCUUUAGCUUUGAGGCCGCCAAGCGCACCUACGGCGCGGAUUCCAUCUACUCUGCGUCCAACUACAUGCGAUACCAGGAUGCGCUGACGAGCAGUGACGCGGAUCCCAACGGCAACGUCGACGGCGACGAUAAUUAUAAGGUCACCGAUCCUGUUUUCAAGAAAGGAAAUAAAUACAUCGUCGCCGGAGAAGAAAAGAUAAUAUUUCAGAUGGAGACGGAGAAUGGGAACAUGACGAGGAUCGUCCCUUGUGCGACGCUGAGCGAUGAAGUGAUCACAGUGCAGAAGGUGUGGGGCUGUGUUGGUGAGCUUCUAGGCCAGCAAAUGGACCCAGAUAACCAAUUCAAAGACAUGUGUCUCUCUUUCGCCUUGAUGAAGCUGCUGAGAAGAAGGUUUCUUAAUAAUCCCGGUGAAUUAGAAUUAAUCCAAGAAUCCAGAGCAUCGAUCUUACAAGCCCUCCUCAAUUCCGAUGAUCAGAACAGGGCGAACAGGGCGAACAGGGUGUUUCGGGUAAUCAAGACAGAGUUAGGGUUCUUAGAAGACUUCUUCUUUUCCAAGUACCCGAUUGUCUUUGGCUAUGGACUUCCCAUCUACAAUUUUCUCCUGUCGCUCUUGCUAAUGGCCGCCACCGGUUGGCUCGUCGUCACCACCUAUUAUCACUGCCAACUAGACAGAGACUUCUACAUCACCUACGUUCUCGUAGCCAUGAUCCUUAUCAUGGAGAUCACUGAAAUAACCACUUACGUCCUCUCCGAUUGGACCAAGGUGGCUUUGCUGAUCAUCUACGUGCGGUUUCCAUGGCUACAGAAUGCGUCCUUUGUGAACACGGCCCUCCGUUUUUUCUUCAAGAGAAAGACCUUGCACCCUCUGCGUGAAAAAAUUGGGCAAUUCUCGCUCCUCACACAUUACGGCCAGAAGUUGCCGAUCAGAGGUAAACCAUGCAGAGCAACGUCCCACGCGCCCAUCAAAUUGCCCGAACAAGUCAAGGAAACGAUCGUGGAUUGUCUAAUUAGAUUUGGCCAAGGCUGUCUCCCUAAUGGUAAAUCAUCCCUGCAGCGAAAUGGCAAGACAGACCUAUGCUCGGACUGCGACUUUCCCACCAGCACUCAGACUAUUCUGGUGUGGCACAUCGCCACCUGCUACUGUGAAACAAAAUCAUCGAAAAAGGACCGUAAUUCAUCGGCUAAGAAAGUCGUCGCCACAGCUCUGUCGAAGUAUUGUGCAUACCUCGUGGUGUCUGCGCCGGACCUGCUGCCGGAUCAAGGCAGCGCAGCGAAGGUAGUUGUCGACUUGAUGAUGAGCGAAACCGACAGGCUUUUGGAGGGCGCCAGAAACGAGAGUGAGAUGUGGGAGAUGAUGGAGAAGAAGGAUGAUGCAGAAUCAAAUAAGAGAACAAUUGCAGGAAUGGGAGUGGAGCUGGGGAAGAAGUUGAUGGCGAUUGGCAACGAGGAUACGAGAUGGAAGGUAUUGGCUGAGUUUUGGGCAGAAUACGUGUUGCACCUCGCUCCUUCGGACAAUGUUCAGGCGCACAAGGAGCACCUCGCUUCCGGCGGGGAGUUCAUUACCCAUCUGUGGGUUCUUCUGUACCACGCAGGCAAUCUCGGCCUUGGGAGACCAGAGAACGAUCCAAAUGCCGAUCCGUAAUAGACUCCGAUCCGAUCCCUAGCUACUUGUCCUCUCUUACGAUAUGCAUUACGUGUGUGUGUGUGUGUGCAUGUGUGCUUUAUCAUUGUUGCAAUUUUCAUUCUCUAUGUUUGUGUUGUUGUUA